AUGCAUCAACCAGUAUCUGCCGAUCCUACUCCAACAAGAGCAGAGCCUACUCCAUCGGCACCGCCAUACGGUACCGGCACCGCCCAUGGCCCGUCGUUCGGGCCUACAGGAAACCCGGCUGGGUAUAUUUCAGCCUGGUCGCAGCCGCAGACAUUUUUCAGUCCGGCCACGCCGGCCUGGAACCCGGGCCCCUGGGGUAAUCCUCGGUUUCCCACGACUGCAAACUCGGCACCUAUGCCGCCAUGCUACUACAACUCCUGGGGUUUUCCUACCCAGUGGUUUCCACAGAUGCCUCCAUCGGCAUAUCCGCAAUCGUCAGGCGCUGUCCCGACAACUGCACCUACUGGUUCACGAGCACAGUCAUCAUCUGCUGGUAGCGUGCCGUCUCACACCGACGCCGUUAUUACGGUCGUCAGUGACAUCAGCGACGAGGAGAGCUCGGAAAUUUCUAACGCAGGAACUUCAACGAGUUCCCUUCCUGCUUCGAAGGGGAUCCUCCGUAACCCCCACAAAAAGGACAAAGGAAAUCCCAUUUCGGAUGAGGUGAUGAAAUGGUGGGAAGAACUUAGAACUCAUAAACUUUCACCGGAAGACCACAAAGAGGAGUUGUCAUCCUUUGCGGUUCCCGAAGAGCAGGAUAAAUAUUUCUCUGCUCCGGAGUUGCCUGCCGGUAUCAAGAAAGUAUUCAAACAGGUAAAUCCGUCCAUGUUGCUCAAGAUGACAGACUAA